AUGUUUGGUGGCUUUGGUGGUUUUAGUUCGAAUAACCCUUCCUCUACUAAUGGUUCACAACAAUUCAAUACUAUGGGAAAUACUAGUAACUCAAUACCUAACAUGGGAACAAAUACAUUCGGAGGAAAUGGGACUGGUACAAAUUUAUUUGGAGGAAAUGGACUAGGAACAAACACGUUUGGAGGAAAUGGACUAGGAACAAGCUCUUUUGGAGGGAAUACAUUUGGAACAAAUUCAUUAGGAGGAAGUGGGUUAGGAACAAAUACAUUAGGAACAAAUACAUUAGGAACAAAUACAUUAGGAACAAAUGCAUUUGGAGGAAAUACACUUGGAACAAACACAUUUGGAGGAAAUACAUUAGGAACAAACACAUUUGGAGGAAAUACAUUAGGAACAAAUUCAUUAGGAACAAAUACACUUGGAACAAAUUCAUUAGGAGGAAAUGGAGUAGGAACAAAUACUGGGCCAGUAAUAGGAACAACCACACCACAAGAUUUUACUAAAUCACGAUUUCCAACGGAGAGUAUUAAAAACAGAGAGUCAAUUCAAAUUAUUCCAGAAAGUAAUAAAAUUAAAAGAGAAAAGAAGAAACAAGAAGUUGCAACACCAACUAUAAUCAAUGAAACAAAUGAAAAAAAAUCAAAAUUAGAUGAUGUAUUUGAUCUUUCUAGGAAAAGCACAACCAAUGAGCAACCACUUUUCUUAAGACGAUUUAAUCAAACAUUUAAUUCACCGUAUAGAGGAAAUGGAAUGGUACCAUUAAUACGUCCUUCAUAUAUUAAUAACCCAACACAAAGACAAUCAAUUUAUUCAUGUAGUCCAAUAGGAACAUUAAAUCCAAGUUAUAAUUGUAAUAUCAAUAAUAGUAUAGUGAAUUCUAUUCCUGGAAAUAUUUCAAGAAAUAGUAUUUUACCAAAUACAACUAUAAACAAUCAAACGAGUAUUCUUUUUAAUAAUAACCAACAAUCUGUAUUAUAUGGACUUAAUCAAGGAAAUAAUUCUACAUUACCAAAUAAUCCAAUAGUUCAAAAUAUAAAAGAGUAUGCUAUUGUUUUAUCUAACUUAACAAUUCAAGAUACUCCAUUAAUUAUAAAUGUAUUAUCACAAUUUGGGGUUAUUGUUAAUGUUAUUGAAUCGAAAAAUGGAGUUAAAGUGAUAUUUGCAGAUGAAACAGUUGUUAAUUAUUUAAUUAAUAUGAAAAAAAUAAUGAUUGCAGGAAAAACGUGUUAUAUCAGUGAUCCAAAUGAAUCAUUUUUAUUAAAACUUUUUGACGGACAAACAUGGAAAAGUUUGUUUUCUAAUUUAUUUAAUUUCCUUUAUUCAAUUUGGAAUUAA